AUGGUUGGAUGUUUAAAAGAUAUUUAUGUUCUUUUAAAUAUUUCAAGAUCAACAACAAUUCGACCAUUUUUUCAUAAUCAACAUGAUGAACUUCGUUUACUUAUACAUUUCUUAAAACAUUCAUUUAUAUUACAUGAACUUAACAAUUUACAACUAUUACUCGAUUUUCAUAAUUUAAUCUUUUCAAUAAUCCUUUCAUCAUCGUCUGCUGUAACAAAAUCUUCAAAUAUUUCUUCACCAGUAUCAUUAAAUAAUUCUUUAACUUAUAUUCAUACAAUUCGUGUUAAUUAUAGUUGA